CCGCAGCCGCCGGGACGAGCAGAGCAGCGCCUGCCAGCGUCCUGCAGCCGCCCCAGCAUGGACCUCCGCGCCCUGGCGCUUCUCGCCUUCGCCCUGGCCGUCAUCUCCCUGUCGGAGGAGAAACCCGUCAGCCUGACUUACCGAUGUCCCUGUCGAUUCUACGAGAGCAACGUGGCAAGAGCCAAUAUUAAGCACAUCAAAAUCCUCUCCACACCCAACUGCUCACUUCAGAUUGUUGCAAGGCUCAAGAGCAACAGCAAGCAAGUGUGCAUUGAUCCCAAGUUAAAGUGGAUCCAGGAAUAUCUGGAGAAAGCUUUAAACAAACCACGUCAUCGCACUCAUAAAAAAAAGCAACAGAAGAAACGGGGCCCACUCUGCCCUUCCCGUGCAACACCACUAAAGUCUCCAGGGAGAAAGAAUGGAGGUUCAAGAUGUAAGAGGCAAGCAUUGUAAGCCGUCUACAGGAUUUCUUACUGUAGGACCCAGGGAGCAGAUAACCAGUAUUAGGGAAUGAAUACAUUUCACUGCUAACAUGCAGCACAAAACAACGCUUCAUGCAUUUCCAAAGGUCUUUUUUCUUGGUUAUUUUUGGUGGGUUUUUUUUGUUUUGUUUUGUUUUUUUCCUUGCGCAAAUUGGCUUGCUUUCACAGUGCUAUUUUUAUAUAGUAAGAUGUAACUAUUUGAGAAAAAUAUGAAUUUAUACAGGUUGGUUUAUUACCUAGCACUGAGGGCAGAUACCAAUUUAAACUAACCCUGUUAUUAUAUAAUAUUUUAUUUCCUUUGUUGUGUAGAGGUCCUGCUUUAUUUAACUUUCUUUGGUUCAUGCAAGUCUCCUGGAGUUUUAAACCUAGAAGGACAUGAACUGUACAGUGCAAUGAUGUUGUGUACGUAGUGGUGGAACUCCUUGCCUCCAGAAGUCAGAGGCCAAGAACAUAGGAAAGCUCAAAAGCAUCAGACUGAUGACAGUGGACAACAUUACGCUGAAUGGCAUUUACAGAUAUUUUGAGUGAGUGAUUAAACUCAGGGCUACAGGGCUAAAGCCCUUCUCUGAAGAUCAGAAACCUUGCUGACAGCUGUGAGCAGCUGGAUCAAUGCACAUCUGGUAUUGCAAGGUGGUAAUACUUGGUUUGUAGUAGUUGUGUGCAUUAGGAGCCACAACACAGUUCUGAUGUCAUCUGGCAUUUCCUAUGUUCUUGUGUUUCUGAUGAUAAAAUUAGCAAAAAAAGGAAUGGGUUAUUAAAGCUCUAACCACACGAUCAUGUUGCAAGUUGCUGGAGGAGCCAGAUAUGCUACCAGGGAUCUCCUCCCACCCAUCCACAGGAGGUGGCUUCAGCUUGCCUCUCUGGCUUUGCACUGAAGUAGGCUGAGAUUCAUUCACCCUUCACCAAGGGCACUCACCUACUGAACAGUCAUACCUGCCUUCGGGCAGUCAAAGCCCUGGUGGCUCUGGAGAUACCCAGAAGAGGAUAUCUGAUCACAUCUUGGAGAAAAGCGAUGCCUGGAGCAAGAGAGGGUCUGUGCAGUUUGUGGAAGGAGAGGUGUGGAAAUGAAGGCCAGCAACCACAGUUCACCGGCCACCAUGGGUUUGCUGGUGAAGAGGAUAGCCUCUGGAAUUCCCUUUGCAAAGCCAGCCUGGGACAGGCACCACUCCUUGCAUCAAUCCCCUCUCUAAGCCAGAAGUUUCUCUCUCCUUAUUCCUUCCUGUAUACACAAUAUCUGCUAUAUGGUAUGCAGCACUGCAAUAAUCAUGUCAUGCUGUGCACUGAGAUCUGGGGGAAGCACAUUUGUGCAGCACAAUGCUUGUGUUUGUAUGUAUCUGUGUUUGUAUUGUAAACAAAAAAAUGUUGUAAGAUUGUCUUUUUUGAGCUGGUUGAUUCAAAAGAAAUCUUCUCUCUUCCCUGCAGCCUGUGUCAGGAAUACUGAGAGGGGUGUUUCACACUCCUUUUUGUGGUAGGCAUCUUUAGUGCCAAAGAGGCACUUUGGCUAUCCAGGGACUACAUUAUUUCCAUGUGGAUUCAGGUAAAAAGUCUUGUCUUUUCCUUUCUGCAAAACAGGGCUAUUGCAGAGAGGCCUUCAGCUGGGAACACCUCACCUCAUUUGCUUUAAAGCAGAAACAAACUGCUGUGCCUAAAAUGUUUGUGUUUGUGAUUUUGACAUUCCUUCUCUUGUUAUCAUUACCAGCCUGGUGCUUUAAUUAUAUUGCGUCUCUGAUUUGAAAGGUCUGGUACCACUGUACUUGAUGAGAAUUAGAGUUUUGAUUUAAUAUUAGUAGGAUCAGAUCCUCUCCUGGAAGAGGAAAGAAAGAAAGAAAUUUUAUGAGAAAACCAGAGUUUCUUCUAUGUUCCCUGGACUGUAUUUGAUAUCAUAGGUUCCAUUCCCUGUCCCACACCUGCACCUGCAUUUGCCGGUGGCUUGCCAGAGGUGAACAUGUGAGUGUCCAAGCCAGGGAUGACUGCAGAAAGAGUCACCCAGGAAAGUGCGCUCUUCAUACAUUACUACCUAAGGGUAUCCUGGGGUCUGAUUGAUUCCCAUUGCAGUAAAUUGAGAAAUAAAUAAUCCUCUGAUUCUGAUUCAGCAGCAUGCCUUGCUCAUGAUGAUAGGGGUCAUGACUGUUUAGUUUCCAGGGGAAGCAUUGGCAUUCUGGAGAAAAGGUGUGCAGCCUUGUCAGUGCUCUGCUCUAGUCCUCAUUACCAGGGAGUGCACCCGGGGUCAGGGUCAGCACCAGCAGGGACAGGUGUUGGGAACAUGCCGAGCCCACAUCACAGCCUGGGCAAACACUGCUUCGACAGGAGCACUGAGAGGGGCGGUGCUGGAGCACCCCACCCAAACGCAGGGACACGGCUCUGGGUGGUAGAGCCAGGUAGUGCAGGUACUGCAGGAAAGGGGUCUCCUGCCAGGUAGUGCAGGUACUGCAGGAAAGGGGUCUCCUGUCAGCCUUCUCCUCUAGGGGCUGUAGGGGUGGACUGUGCUAAAGCAGUGGCAUUUGCUCCUGGGAGAAAUGUAUGAGUGUGCAGCAGGAGGAAAGUGUGCUCCAUCCAAGGAAGCGGACCAUUGACAGCCAGGUGUUUGUCUGGGUGCUUUGGGGGCUGUCUGCCACAACCCCCACAGAGACUGGGCCCUGACACCCCUGUGCUGGUGAUGCUUCACUUCUCAUGUAUCUGAGACGACUCAGGGCAUGGGGCUGCUCUCGGGGGCCAGCACCGUGACCUUCCCUCACCUCGGUAAGGUUGAGCACAGCAUGAACGCAAAGGUGACACAGACCUGGCCAGAGACUUAAAUGAGAACCUUUUAAAAGCUUUCUCUUGCUUUGGACCAAAAUUCAACCUUGAGUGGGAAUCUUUGCUGUUAGCCUGACAUUUAUUUGCGUGAUGCACAGGGGAGAGCGGCCAUGCCCUUUGCGCGAGAGGGAUCAAUCACCGGGAUGCCUCAGGACAGCACGCGUUAGUCCCAUUCCAGAGCAGGCUGAGAAGCAGCACUGGCAGCAUCUGACUUGGGGAGAGCACUUGGUUUUCCCUUCUGCCUGUUGACCAAAGACAGAGUCAGGGAAAGGAAGUGUGAGGAGAUGGGAGUGAGGUAGGGACCACGUGUGAAGAGGAGGGAAAAGAGUAACACUGAUCCGUGCUGAAAAAGCAGCUUCCAUGAAUGUGAAAUCAUCAUGUGGGUAUUUUCAACGUGCAGCUGUCAAAUCCCAAUUUUAAGAGUAGAUGGUAUUUAUUGCUGUGUCAAUUUUUUAUUUAUACUAGCUUUAUACUUUUAUGUAUGAAUAUCUUAUCUGAAUUCUGCCUGAGGAAGAAUGAAAUGAAGGGUGACUUUGAUGUGUUUUUGAUGAAGGUGUUUGAGCAAAGGUGACUGUUUAUUUUGCAAUGAAAGCUUUUUUCAAAGUUAAAUGUAGAGAUUUUGUUGAAAAUGCAGUUCCUGUAGAAGAUUUUGUUGCCAUUUUUCCUUUAUUAAGGUCUGGAAGGUCCCUUUCUCUGGCAACUUUUUUUGAGUGAUGUGAUUUAUAGCAGUCCAGCUUUUUUAUGAACUCAUCACCUAAAAUUUGAUUACUUUUUCUUUAUCAACAUCCCACCAAGAUAAUCCUUGUCUGAAAAUGUGAAACUUUGGUUGCCACAGAGAAGAAAACAUGUAUCAUGAUAAAAGGGCUGCAUGAACCUCCCAUCUUCCAUUCCUUAAGAACUCUGUGUUGUCAGAAUGUGGUAAAUACUGUACUUUAUAUUUUUAUUAAGUAAAAAGAAGUAUCUUCCCAAAUAAUGUGAAAAGGGUUUUGUAUUUGUGUUCCUGUAAGGCAGUUUUUAUGGAGGAGUUAUAUUAUGCUUUUGAAAUUACUCCUUUCAUAGAAAAUUUUGAAAAUAAACACUUUUAUAUUGUUGUAAUUUCUCACAUAAAUGUGUAUGCACUUAAAAUUUUCUUAAUAAAAAUGUAUGUC